AAGAAAUCAUGGACGUUGAAGAUGUCAAAGACCGAUGGAGGAUUUUGAGGGAUAGCUACGUGAGAGACUGGAGGAGAAUAAAUAAAAAUGUUGCAAGUGGCGCAUCUACCCCAAAAUCUGAAAGCUCAUUUAGAUUUAGUAAAGCAAUGAGCUUUCUGGCUGACACCAUGAAACCAAGGCCGACAUCAAGCGAACCAUCUUCCAGCACCAUAGAGCCUGUUUUAGUCAGUAGUCAGCCAGUGUAUGUCACCAACAACGCGAAUGAAAAUUCUUCAAAACGAAAAAGAAUUGAAGACAAAGAAGACAAAAAUUAUUCGGAAGAGGCUGUUCGUACUGCAGUUGUCAACGAACCUGCAGAAAAGGAUGAAGUAUAUCACUUUGCUAUGAGAUUGGCUGAAGGCCUUCGAAGACUUCCACACAGAGAGCGUGCCGAAUUACAAACUGAAUUUUUAAAUAAAAUUAUGGAAGUCGAAAAAAAAUUAGAAUUAGAUUAGGAUUAGACGUUUGAGUUUCAAGAUUGAAACAUCCCAAAAAGUCAAUGUUGUUUUUUGGGAUUUUUCAAUCUUGAAACUCACCGAACCAACAAGAAGAAAGGGAGUAAUUAUUAAUAUUUUUUUAUAUAUUUCACUGACGAUGGCUCAAUCCGGAGCCGAAGCGUAUGAACAUAUACUUUAUUGAAUAAAUCCACUUAAUGCUUUUUCUACGCACUGACAACCGCGUCUGACUCCCAUAGCCAUUCCUAAUCUUUAUUUUUAAUUAGGAUUUAUUUAGAAUUUAUUUAUUUCAAACUAGCAUGCCCCGUCUCGGCUUCGCCCGAGAUUAGAGUGUGGCCAAUCAAUAUCAUUUCCAAAAUUUAUUAAAAAUUAUGAAAUUGUUUACGUUUUUUACCCGACAAAUUCCGUGGAUCACACUUUCAUCGCGAAUGUCGAAAGCCCAAGAUAGAAUUGUAUUUCUUAUAAAACGUCUCUCGUACGUUUCGGAAAUAAUUGC